UCCCCACCCCUUUCAGUUCCUCCUAUAAACUUUGUAGCGUGUCCUGAAAGCCUGAGUGUCUACAUGUAUACAUCCAACAUUUUCCUGCUGUUUCACACUUUACCUUAUAUUUGAAAGGACUGCUUCCUCCUUGAGCUGCCAUUUUACGGCACCACAAGAACGCAACAGCACCACCGUCUCCGUCCGUCCAUUCCUCUCACUGCCACUACUCCACAGUCUUGAUCAGGAUGGAGAGGGUGCAGCACAUGACACGCUCAGCCAUCCGGAGGGCAUCCAACGUCGAAGUGAACCCGCAGACCAAACGCAACCUUCAAGAUCUCAUCAUCAACUUCUCCCUCAUCCUCGUCUGCCUGCUGCUCAUAUACAUCAUCGUCUUGCUCAUGUGACACCAAAACAUGACAACCGGCCAAUCACAAGAUGCACUGCUCAAGAUCUUGGACAAUUUGGGGAAACUGAAAAUGUCCUACUAAUGAUGUAACACGUUAAAAUUUCAUGAAAUUAUAUGAGGGCAGCAGAUAUUUUUUCUCUAUUUAUGUUUGCUACAUUCUUCCUAUAAAAAUAACCAUAUUUUUGACCUUUGAAUGAGUAAAAGUCUCAUUCACAUAUCUUUUGUAUUUUUUUUAUACAUAUAUGUUUUAUAUAUAUAUAUAUAUAUAUAUAUAUAAAACAUACAAAAUUAUAUGUUAGGUUAAUUCAGAUAGGUUUUGUAUAUGUAGACCUCACAGGGGAAAGCAGUCAUCCGAACUGGUGUAGCUCACAAAAACAUGAAGAUUUAACAUCAAAAUGGCUGUAAAUUCUGGCAAAAGUGUAGCUCCCAAGAGCAAUCAGCAAUUCCUUACAAUUUCCUAAGUAAUUUACGUGAAUACCAUCCCCCGCAAAAUAUCAUGCUUGUUGUGUUGAAAUGCAAAAUGUAUAGGUCAGUCCCGUAAAUCAUAUAUUAUUCACAGAGGAACAGAGCAUGUUGGCACUGAUGUAAAUCAACGGAUUGUUUACACUUCCAGUUAACAUGAUUUGAGAGAGAGAGCAAUAAUGGGUAAUUUAAGGAUGUUGUAAAAUGUGGCCAAAAAAUAAAAAGAAUGUUUGUUUUAAAA